AUGUAUCAGAUUGAAGAGCACGGUGCAGAAAACCAUCGCGGUUAUCGUAUUUACUUUCGAGAUGAAAUAGGCCCGGUAUCGUCCAUCCAUGACAUCCCACUGAAGGCCUCACCCGGUCUCUAUAACGCCAUUGUCAGGUGCCCCCGUUGGUCUAACCACCGCAUGGAGAUUUGCAUGAAAGAAGCUCUCAAUCCCAUAAUGCAACUACACAGAUUGGGGGAAGUGAAAUACGUUCCGAACUGUUUUCCAUAUCACGGUUACAUGUGGAAUGUUUGCUCUUUGCCUCAGACGUGGUCAAAUCCUGAACAAGCAGAUACCAGUACUGGCAUUUUAGGUUGUAACUCACCACUGGAAGUCCUAGAAAUUGGCUGUAAACGUUUGCCCAGGGGCAGUGUUAUUCAGGUUAAGAUUCUUGGUUCCCUUGCCCUCUUAGAAGACCAUCAAUGCAAGUGGAAAUUGAUAGGAAUCAACGCCAGCGAUCCAGUUGCGGAUUAUGCAAAAGACAUUGCUGACGUUGAAAAAUACUAUCCCGACCUUUUGAAGAGAUCUGUGGACUGGCUGCGGGCAUACAGGGUUCCUGAAGGGCGUAUUGAGAACAGGUUUGCGUUCGAAGGGGAAGCUCGAGGUGCAAAAGCAACAGCCGAAAUAGUGAUUGAUUCUCAGCACACGUCUUGGAAAGAACUUAUCGACAUGGAGUUAUACGCGCCAUUUAUUUCCUAUAUUAACACCCGUCUACUGAACAGCCCUUGCUAUAUUUCUAAAGAGGACGCUGAAAAUAUUUUGGCUGCAGCAGAACCUCAUUUAGUUCCUGAUCCCAUGAAAAGCGAAGUCAGUAUGUGGAACUUCAACCCACAUCUUCAUCGCAAUUAG